AUGGCCGAAAUCGACGGUGGUGACCACAAGGGAAGGGUGCCCCUCUGCAUUGGCCGUGGAUCCACAUCUGCGGGCACUGCAGAGGAUGUAGACCGCGCCGACGAAAACGAAGAACAAGACGACAACGACUUUGAUCCACAUUUUCAGUCGGAGCAUUUCCAUGCAACAUAUUUGAGUAUUGCUGCACAGAAGGAUUAUGACAAGGCACAUUGGAGUGACCAAAACAUAUACUAUUACUGUGAACUUUUUAUUGAGCAAAUGAGAAAAGGGAAUUGGAAUAAUGGGACAAUGACCACUAGAGGUUACAACAAAAUUCGAAAAAAAUAUUACCACAUCACUAAUCUCUGGCAUGACACCAAAUGCAUGAAGAAUCGAGUGAAAAAUUGCAAGACAAUGUACCAGUUCUGGUUGAAGCUUAAUCAAAACACAGGGUUAGGCCGAAAACCUGAUGGUAAAAUUCAUGCAUCGCCUGAAUGGUGGACCAACAACACAAAGGUCGAUGAUGUUAAUGCAGCAACACUUGAGGGAGAUGGCACUAAAGAUGAUGAUGAUGAUUCAGAGCAAGGAUCAGAUGAUGAUUCAAGUGCAGUGCUAGUUCGGAGGAUGAUGAUUCAAGUGACAGUGAUAGUUCGGAUGAUGAAGAUGCUUCUGUAG